GAAGCCCCCGCGCUCGCUACGGCCUCCUCCGCUACCAGCUUUGCUGAGGGGCCUGUUCGGCUCCUGUGGGAGGGGGAGCGGGUGGGAGGAAAAGAUUCGCCGCCGCUAUGAAGCUCCGAGUCCGGGUGAGGAAGCAAACGGCUCCGCUGGAGUUGCCAGGGGCGGAGCCAACUCUAGGGGACCUGCGCGCGCACCUUUGCCAGACCCUCUUGCCCACUUGGGGUUACAGUUCUGAUACCAAGUUUGCAAUAACCUUGAACAACAAAGACUCCCUUACUGGAGACCAGGAGAACCUAGCAUCAUUUGGGAUUGUUUCAGGAGACUUGAUAUGUUUGAAAUUAGAAGAUGCUGAUGACGCACUUGGAUUACCUCCACCUCCCUCCUCAUCCCUGCCUCCACUGCAGAAUAAUCAUGAGGCAUCCACUUCAGCUAUAUACCACAGCCAGUCCAGGAACCCAGAUAGUGAAAGACACAAUGGACACAUAGCAGACCAUAAAGUCCAAGAUGACGUUCAAAUGAGCGACAAUACGGCAGGAUCGAGCCAAGAGUUUGCUUCAGAGACUGUCCCAGAUGACCUUGACCUCCAAGAAGCUACAGGUUCUUAUCCUUCAGAGCCAAUGCUUUGCUGUGAAGCUACAGAUGGGCAAGUUCCGCACUCGCUUCAGACCCUCUACCACUCUGCAGAGUGUACCAGCGCCAAUGAUGCCUUGAUAGUUCUAAUCCAUCUUAUCAUGAUGGAGACAGGAUAUGUACCUCAAGGGACAGACGCAAAGGCAACAUCAAUGCCUGAGAAAUGGAGGAAUAGAGGCAUUUAUAAGCUGCAGUAUACCCACCCUCUCUGUGAAAAUGGCUUUGCUGCCCUUACCUGUGUGCCUUUGGGGGACCUUAUAGUUGUCAAUGCAAUGUUAAAGAUUGUCAGUGACAUCAAAAGUGUCAAGAGGCUACAGCUUCUGCCGUCAUCCUUCAUCUGCUUUCAAGACUCAGCAAAUGUUGCAGGGGUGUAUAAAGACCUUCAGAAGCUGUCUCGUCUCUUUAAAGAUCGGCUGGUGUACCCUCUUCUGGCUGCUGCCCGACAAGCUUUGAACCUACCAGAUGUGUUUGGCUUGGUGGUCCUUCCUCUGGAGCUGAAACUCCGGAUUUUCCGACUAUUGGAUGUCCGCUCGCUCAUCUCUUUGUCUGCUGUUUGCCACGACCUCUACACUGCUUCAAAUGAUCAGCUACUAUGGAGAUUCGUAUACCUGCGAGAUUUCAGAGAUCCUGUUGCCAGGUCUCGAGACACAGACUGGAAAGAACUGUACAAGAAAAAGAUGAAGCAGAAGAAGGAUGCCCUGAGGUGGAGGCACAUGAUGUUUCUCCCACCUCCUCCCCUUCCCAUGCCAUUUCAUCCCAACCCCCUCUAUCCCAAUCCUUUUCCUCCUAACCCUCUUUAUCCCCCAAUGAUCAUUGGCGGUGAAUUUGAUGAAAGGCCAAUACCUUCAUACAUUGGAGACCCAAUCCACUCCCUCUUUCCUGGCCGUACGGACCUUCCAAGUCAAUACCCUCCUCUCGGGCCACACUUUGAUCCAUUUCCCCCUUUCAGGGAUACAUUUCCUACUUUCAGGCCCCCCUUUGAUCCAUUUGUUCCUUUUCAAGAACCCAAUCCCACACUCCCAGGAAGAGCCAGCCGGGGCCGCCCGAUCGAUAGUCGCCGUGCGUUCAUGUGACGACUCUUCUAACCUUGGCUUUAGGAUUUUAAACUGCCCUGUUCUUGGGCUUGCUUUGAAACUGUAGGAUACUUCAUCUACGGGGCUCUGAUAUCUGCCUUUUUUUAAAUUAUGGUAAUGCAUAUGUACUAUGGUAUCUUGAUUCCAGGGACUUGGGCCCAAUAACUCAGUGCAGACAGCCAGUGAUGCCUCACUUAGAACUGGAGAUCCUUUUCAACAGAACUUUGUGGGACACUUUAUUCUUUUCAUUACCAUCUGCAAAUUGCUUCUUAGAAAGCAAAAGGUGGUUGGCCUUUGCUGCAUCAGAUAAAGAGCACUUUAAACACAAACAUU